CAAUCCAGAUAGCCGGUCACCGGCUAUAAAAAAUCGGGAAAGAAAAGACGCUCUAUCAGGCUCGCUGGUUACUUGUCCUUGAUUGCUUUAUCUUGCAUACCCGGUAGUCAACGCCGCUGCCUUCCUCGUAAAACACGGCGGACACGCUUUUCCUUUUGUGUAAACAAUCUGGCUUUCAUGUGCUGCAAGUUUCGGCUAUGCGUGCGUGUGUAGUGCUUGCUGCGCGAGUUUUCGAACAGGCUUGGGCGGUACACGCUGGAACACAUCACAGAUGAUCAUCUUGUGCGAGAAUUCUGACAUUGGUUGCUGGCAUGGCAGACGAGGAGGAGCAAGAGAACGAGCUGCUAGUUCUGGAGAGCAUCUACGACGCCUCGGUCUUCGUAGUGAGCAAGAAGAGGGCAGGCCUUUACCCCGAAGGACACUUCCUCGCCCGCGUUGAAGUUCCCAAGCCCUUCCACGUGCUGGUGCCGAGAGUGAAUGCCCCAGAUGAAAUGCAGGAAAUUGCUCUGGAACAUUUGCCGCCCAUUGUUUUGGACUUUCGAUUGCCUCCCAACUACCCCUCAAGCUCCGCCCCUCGUUUCUGCCUUAGCUGCCCCUGGCUCACCAUAAAAGAGCUGGAGCAGUUAAGCCAGGCGUUAGAUCGCAGCUGGGCACAGGACCCCAACACUGUGGUUUUGUACCGCUGGAUGAACUUGUUGGACACUGAAGCAGCCGACAUUCUGCGACUGAAAUCUAGCCACAGCCUCGCACCACUGUUCAAGGAACUGAGUAGACUUCGCGCGUGGCCCUACAGGAUGCCAAGAUGGAAAAGGUACUACACAUACCGUGGCAGUAAAUCCAUUGAUAUGCGCGUCUUUAAGGAGGCAAUAGACCCACGAACUUUGGCUACAUUUCUUACAGAGUACAACUGUCAAGAAAAGCGGCGGCUAUUUGACCUGCAGUGGCUGACGUGCCAAGUGUGCCUGACGUCCAAGCAGGGCUCAGAGUUUGAACUGGUGAUUGGCUGCGACCACCCAUUCUGCCGUGACUGCCUCCGCGAGCACUUUCGCAUUCAAAUUGAGAGUGGCUGUGCCAGCCAGCUCCGCUGUCCGCAGGAGAAGUGCACAACUCAGGUUGUGCCCACGCAGGUGAAGGCACUGGUUGGUGAUGCGCUUGGCUCACGCUAUGAGGAGAGCCUGCUCAGUGCCUACCUGGACUCCCAGGAGGACCUGACCUACUGCCCGCGGCUGCAGUGCCAGCGGCCGGUGGUGUUGGACCCGGGUCUAUCCAUGGCACAGUGUGCCAGCUGUCACUUUGUUUUCUGCCUCUACUGCCGCAUGGUCUAUCACGGGGUCCAGCCAUGCCGGCUAAAGCCUGGUGAACAGCGGGCUAUCCGAGAUGAAUACCUGUCAGCAACUCCAGCGGGGAAACAAGCAAUGGAGAAGCGGUAUGGGAAACGCACAUUGCAACUUCUGGUGGAUGAAUCGCUCACCCAGGACUGGAUGCAGCAGAACAGCAAGAAGUGCCCACACUGUAGCAUUUCUAUCGAGAAGCAAGACGGCUGCAACAAGAUGACCUGCUGGCGCUGUGGAACAUACUUCUGUUGGAUCUGUGUGAAGGCCCUCAGGGCGUCUGGCAACCCAUACCAGCAUUUCAGUGAUCCCAGCUCUGGCUGCUUUAACAAACUGUUUGAAGGAGCAGAGGAGAUUGCCGAAGAGGAUGACCAUGAGUUCGGAGAGUUCUUGUGAAUGUUAGUUACUUUACUUUUACUGUUCGAGACAGUGUCAAUUUUUUUUUUUUUUUUAGCUUCACGCUGACUGCUGAGACUGGUUGUGCUUGACGAAACUGCAGCUGACUAGAUCACCAUAGGUGACAUGGAAGUCAUGACAGUGGCAUGAAAAAUGGAAUGUGUACCGUAGACAGCAUGUACUGCAAACCCACAUGACUGUUAUAAUAAAUUAACCUUUUUUCCCCAUUUUGCAAAUUAAACUUAAAUAAA